AUCGUUUAGAUUGACUCAAGAUACAAUCUAAUCCUGCAGAUUGAGUCCUGCCUCAUUAACAUAACUGCCACUAAUCCUGGCAGUUACAUUAUUAACAGAACUUAUUAACAUCAUACCCAUCGCUGUCAAUUCCAACUCAUAGCUACCCUAUAGGAUAGAGUAGAACUGCCCAAUAGAGUUUCCAAGGGGCACCUGGUGAAUUUGAACUGCCGACCUUUCAGUUAGCAGACAUAGCUCUUAACCACUAUGUCACCAGGGUUACUUAUUCACAUCAUAGAAGUUAGGAUUUAUAACACAUAGAAUAAUCACAUCAGAUGACAAAAUGGUGCAGAAUCACACAAUAGUGGGAAUCAUGGCCUAACAAAGUUGACACAUAUUUUUAGGGGACACAAUUCAGUCCAUAACACAGCCUCUACCUGGGACACUGCUAGUCAUUGUGACAGGAGGAAAAGAGAACAUGGUGAACCACUCUGGCUCUUAAAGUUUCUUCUUCAGAAUGUCACUUUUUCUAUCAGCCAAAGCUAAGUCACAUGGUCAGGCCUGAGUUCAGGGCGGGCCCCCACUGGAAGGGACACCAAAUACACGUGAACGGUAAUAUACUCCACCAUGGUGUUUUAUAAAUAUCACUCUGGCUGAUUCAUGAAGAAUGGGUUAUAUGGGAAGAGGUAGAAGGCAGUUAAGAGUAGAAGUCGUGUUAAGAAUUGACUGCAGUACUUCAGGUAAGAAAUGAGAGUGGCUUGGAGUAGGGUGGUAGCAGUGGUCUGAUUCAAGAUGUUACUACGGAGGUAGAGUUAGUAGGACUUGUUUUUUGGAGUGGGAGUGGGAUAGGAAAAAUACUGAAAGAUAACUUCUAGGUUUUUGGUUUGAGCAAUUGGGUGGAUAAUGAUGCUAUUUAUUGAGAUGAGGAAGACUGGGGAAAGAAGAGGUGUUUGUUUUUUGGCAGGGGAAGGAAGGAACAAAUUUCUGUUUUGAACAUGUUAAUGCUCAGAUACUUGCUAGAUUUCCAAGUGGAAAUGUUCAGUGGGCACUGGACAUAGUAGAUCUCUAAGUCUGGGGCUCAGGGGAGAGGUCAGAAAUAGAGACAGAAAUUUUGCAGGCAUUAGUAUAGAGCUGAAUUGUAAAGCCUUGGAGCUGGAUGAGGUCUCCUAGGGAGUGCCAACAGGGAAGAGAAGAGGGCCAAGAUCUAAGUGUUGGAAAUACACCAACAUUGGACCAGUGGCGUCGGAUCCAGCAAAGGAGAUUGAGGAGGAGCCAUUGAGGCAAGGUGAAAACCAGGAUAGUGCUGGGUAGUGAAAACCAAGAGAAGAAAGUAUUUUAUAACUUUGAUUGUCAAUGUUAUAGAAGUUGGAUAUCAUAAGGAUAACAAAGUGACCAUAGGAUUUGGCAAUGUGGAAGUCAUUAUUGAUCUGGACAAGAAAAGUUUUAGGGGAGGGGUGAGGAUCAAAGUCUAAUUACAGUGGGUUGAAGAAAAGAUGGGAGGCGAGGAAUGAAGACACCUCUUUGUGUGUGUGUGUGCAUUCUUUUUUUUUUUAAUUGUGCUUUAAGUGAAAGUUUACAGUUAAAGUCAGUUUCUUAUACAAAAAUUUACACACUGUUAUAUGACCCCAGUUGCUCUCCCUACAAUGUGACAGCACACUCCUCCUCUCCACCCUUUAUUUCCCAUGUCCAUUCAACCAGCUCCUGUCCCCAUCUGCCUUCAAGACAACCUCUUCAGCAGUUUUUUGUUAGGUAAGUGAGUGGAGAAAAGGGACGGGGACAAAGGUGUGAAGAUGAAAUGAUGUGUACAUGAAAUCUUUACGUAAAGUGUAAACGCUCUGUAAUCGUUAGGCUUAUUUUAUUAUUCAUACUCUUAGACAUUUAAACCCAGCUCAGAGGGCACUGGGUUUUUGGUUCAGGGUAAAUUCAUUAAUGCGCAGAAUACCUCCAGCCAAUGAAAACCCGAAAAUGAGUCAGCUGGAGAAAGCUAGCUAACAAUAACGGAGGCGGAGAAGUGGUGGGAUUGUGAAUUGUCCUCCCAAGGCCACCGUAGGGCAGAUCUCGUAGCUAUUAUGGUGUUUUAGGGGUGGAGCUAGCAGGAAAUUUAAACCGAAGCCGCGGCAGAGGGCGCCUAGAGAAUGAUGCAGAGGAACAGCUGGGAUUUGGGAGUCUGAAAGAGAUCAUGGAGCCGGAGGAUGUGCUACGCCGGCCUUAAGGAAGGACUACGGAAGCCGAAAAGGAGCCAAGAGUGUGAGAAGGGAGCUAGGAACGGGUACGGAUGCCGGGAAGGGGAGAAAGUUGUAAGAAGGCAGGCGGAAGGGGUCAGAAGAGUUGAAGACGGGAUGCGGAGUCAGAAAGUGGACGUAGACAUUGAGAAACGGUUAAGUGCAGAAACGGAGGAGGGUAUAGAAGCCGUAAAGGCGGGGGGGAGGUCACAGGAAUAUAGGUGAUUCAGCAGGUCUCGGGAGUUGAGGGGACAGAGGUCCAAAGGGAGCGAAGGAACUAGAAGGAACGGGAAUUGAAAAGAUGUACAGGGGGUGGCCAAGGGCUAACACGAGUUGAGGGAACAGAGUGCGAAAGGGGGCGGUGGGACUGAGGAGACGCUCAUGGAAGGAGACGUGGGAGUUGAGUGGGUUGGGGUGGAGUUGAGUCUUGCUGUCCUUGGGAGCCGAAUUGGGAACUUUGGGCAUUGUGCGGGUUUUGGGGGGGGGGAACGGUGGACGGUCGAAGGCUAGAGAAGGUGGUUGAGCUUUGUCCUCCUUUCUCAGGCGACUAUUUGCUCGAGCCGGGGAGUUCCAUGGCUGAGGCUAGGCUCCGGGUUCCGGACCUAGGGGCUCAGCUAAGAGUUUCUAGUUGGCUGGAAAGAUGCCAGAAGAGCUCACCAGGUGCGGGGAGGCAGCCCUUUUCUGGAAAGUCCUUUUACUUGGAUCUCCCUGCUGGCAAGAAUCUCCAGUUUUUGACAGGGGCCAUCCAGCAGCUGGGUGGGGUAAUUGAGGGUUUUCUGAGCAAAGAAGUGAGUUACAUCGUGUCCAGCCGCAGGGAAGCGAAAGCAGAGAGCAGGGGAACAAGCCACAGAGGCUGUCCCAGCCCCAGCGAGGUCAGAGUGGAAACACCAACCUUGGCCGAUCCAAAAGGCAGCCACGCCACACCCUCGCAAAAACCUGUAGACUCGGUGCCUCUGAGCAGGGGGAAGGAGCUACUGCAGAAGGCCAUCAGAAACCAGGGGAGCAGCAGUGGAGGAGGCAGCAGGGGCAGCAGCAGCCUCCUGGCCAAUGCCCACUUCUGGGGAGUGAGGAUUCUGCAUGUGGAUGAAAUGAUGAUGUACGUGCAGCAGCUUUCUCUUGGUGCUUUAUGUGUGAGGAAACAAGAGCCCAAGAAGCCAGAGGGAACAUGUCCAGCAGCAGAGUCAAGAACACGGAAAGUGGCCAGACUGAAGGCACCAUUCCUCAAAAUUGAAGAUGAGAGCAGGAAGUUUCGUCCUUUCCACCAUCAGUUUAAAUCCUUUCCUGAAAUUUCUUUUCUGGGACCCAAAGAUGCAAGUCCGUUUGAGGCCCUGACGACCCCGGGCAGCUCGCACCGUACCAGAGAACCCAAGGACCAAGAGCCAAGCCUACGGUCUACUGCCCGCACUGUCCCCAGGAGGAAGAAAGGGUACUGCGAGUGCUGCCAAGAGGCCUUUGAGGAACUCCAUGUGCAUCUCCAGAGUGCCCAGCACCAGGGCUUUGCCCUUGAAGCCCAUCCAUAUGCAGAAGUCGAUCGCAUCAUCGCCCAGCUCAGCCACAGCUUUGCAGACAUCCCCUUCCAAGCCAGCCUUCCCAGAAGGCCAGGCUCCUGGGCUUCUGACUGUGACAUUCUCUGUCCUGAGACUCCACCUCCCAGCCGGCCUUCUCUUCCCAGGGCGGCCUCUCCCGGGAUGAGGAAAGAAGACAACCACCAGGUCCCAGGAGGCCCAGAGCAGAAUGGAACAGUGGGCAGCAUGAAGUCACCACCUGAACUUGCAGGGACUGGUGAGGUACCUGGACCAGUAGUAAGCUGCCAGGAGCUGCAGGGGUCGGUCGAUGCCUUUGGGGCUUUUCCAGGAACUCUGAAGUCCAGGAGCCCUGCUUGUCAGUGCUUGCUGACCAGCCCUGGUUUUGCAGACCUCUCCUCUGGCCCAGACCUGGCACUUGUCGGCCACAAGCGGAAGGUUUUGUCCCCCAGUGGCAAUGCCGAAAAGAGGCCAGGGGGCUCCUGGCCACAGGCCCCCCUCUUAUUGCCAAGCACCCACAGACCCAGUGACACCCAGACCACCAGUGAGAGGCACCUCCUCUCCCUUCCCCUGCCGUGCCAUGAUCCCAGGACCCUGGCUACACUCCUUCCCUUAUACUGCCCACCGACCUGCCUCUCCCCUCAAGACCCCUCACCCUGGCAACCCACAGGCAGGUCAGCAGAAUUCUGGGCCGCACAGCCCCCCUGGCCUGGGGGAGGGUGGCCCCCAGGACUGGAGGAUCCUGAGCAGGUAGCUCCUGGCCCUGUCUCCCAGCAGGCUGACCAGUCCUCCAGCGGCCCUGCAGCUCCAGGUCUGCUGUCCACCCACCUACACUCAGCUGCCUGCAUGCAGCCCCCAGAAGGGCCUGCAGAGAGGCAGUCUACCUCUCUCCCCAACUGUCUGCCCACCAAUGGGGGGGCCAGCUGCUCCCGAUGGGUCUGGGACCCCCAGCCUCUCCAAGUCCCCUGCCUCCUCCCUGGCUCCCAUUUUCCACAUCUUCCUGGACCAGCCCCAGCCCAGCACUGGCAGAGAACUGCUCCUCUGAGUCCCCCUGGGCCAGACAGGCUCCAGGCUUGAUGGCCACAGACACAAGUUACAUUUCUGCUUGGUGCUGCAGCCCCGGCCAGGGCUGACCAGAAUGCAAAGCCCCAGGACCUCCCCCAAGAGCCAGAAGACACCCCGGGUCUGCCCUCUGAGGUCCAAGUAAACAGCUGCUAUGGCCAUGCUCAGCAGAGCCCACAGAACAGGCAGGCCUUUGGUUAGGACCACGAGAGUUAGGCUGGAAGGUCUCCCUUCCCUGUCCUUCCCUCCAGUCAUGCUCCUGACCAUACAGCACCCCACCAUUGGACUGCCCUGCCCUGCCCAGCUUCCCGCCCUCCGUGGCACUUGCCUCUUUGGAGAGCCGUUGCGUACACAUAGUCGUUGGUGUUCCCCACCCCACCCCCAGCCUCCUUUCCCACAAGCUUGUGUUGCUUUCCCGCUUUCUAAAAUCCUCUGUGUUUGUGUCCCCUCCCCCAGCCCCCCACACUCAUGCACAGACCCUCAGGAACAUAUGAAGCAGAGGAGGGGCUCAGCUGUGGCACUUGGAGAGCUCCCGCCCCCAAGCACUCAGUGAGGCCCAGCACUGCCCCGCCCCCCGCCAGCCCAGGAUGCAGCCAGAGCCCCCUCUGGGGACCCCUCUCGGCUCUUCUCUGCCUCCUCAGCCUAGGCUGCCCACCCCGGCCUUGUGCUGUUCCAGGGUCAGCGUCUCACCCGCCAACUUGUACAUCUCCCACCCUCCCCAAGGACCUCUCCCCAUUUAUUUCAGCCAAGCCAUUAAUCUGGAGACAGAAAUGGGUUUUGCUAUCGAUUCUUUGGCCACUUUUUUUUGUAUUACAAUGUGUACUGUGGUUCUUCUCACCCUUGUCUGCCACUGUGUGUUUGUCUCUUUAAAUGUGGAAGCUACCAGAAGCCUAGUGCUAUUCUGUCUAGUUUGGGAGGAGGAAAGGGGGGCCUAGCUGCAGGUGAGGACCUGAGCUGUUAGCUUGGAAAUAGAGCAAAUGUAUAUACGGCUGCCUUAAGGUCAUGUUUGGCAUUUUAAGGCCAUUCCUGUUAAAUUUCACAAUUAAUCUUGGUUCAGGUAUGUAAAUAAACUUGUUCAUAAUAAACAGUAAAGAGACUGGC